AUGUCCCACUUGUUCAUGAUCUUCAUGGCUGUCCCCGCGGUGUCCCGGACCAUCGCUGAAGGCGCCCCUCCCGAUCACUCUGAGGAUCCCGGUGCCCCUCCCGGUGUCCCUCCCGGUGUCCCCAAUGUCCCCCCGGUGUCCCCAAUGUCCCCCCGGUGCCACCCCCGGUGUCCCCAAUGUCCCCCCGGUGUCUCCAGUGUCCCCGCGGUGUCCCGGACCUCGCUGAAGGCGCCUCUCCCGAUCACUCUGAGGAUCCCGGUGCCACCCCCAGUGCCACCCCCAGUGUCCCCAGUGUCCCUCCCGAUCACUCUGAGGAUCCCGAUGCCACCCCCAGUGCCACCCCCGGUGUCCCCAGUGUCCCCUCAAUGUCCCCGCGGUGUCCCGGACCUCGCUGAAGGCGCCCCUCCCGAUCACUUUGACGAUCUCGAAGUCUCCGCGCUGCAGCUGCAGCUCCUGGACCCGCGCGGCCGCCGGUUCGGCUGGGGAGGAACCGGACCGGAACCGG